AUGUUACAGGAAGUACUUGAUUCCUAUGCAUUAAGAGUGUUUUUGCUCAAGACCAUAAUGUUUGCUCAAUUAAAACUUAUCUCAUUCAUAACUCCUGUCAUUGUCGGUAUAGGAUUUGGUUUUUAUUUUGCUUAUUUAACAAUUCAAUCAGAUUUUGAUGAAAAACAGCAACCACAAAAUGUCGAACCUAGAAUAGUUAAAACUUCGUCAUCCUCAAACCCGUUACCAGAUAUAUCGAGCAUUAUUAAUUCAGCUCAAAACACUUGGCAGUUGAUCGAACAAAAUCGGGCCGUUAUGAAUAUCAAAGUGGAUUAUGCUAAUGUGUUGCCGAGUGAAAUAAAAAGUGCAUUUGACUGUCAAAAAUGGGCUGAUGAACCAUUUACAAAAACUUUCAAAAUUAAAUUUCAAAACAAAUUAAAUAUGAGAAUUAUGGAACUAGUUUACACUGUUCAAUUUACUUACGGCGGAUCAUUCGAAAACAAAGGACAAUAUUUAGAUCGAAUAACAAUUAUUCCUACUCAUGUGUAUGUUGCUUAUGGUUUUAAACUUGAUGCUUCAAUUAAUAUACCGUCAAUAAAUAACGUUGGAACUUUGGAAGAACCGAUAGCUGCAGCAUAUGUUGAGUUAAAAUAUCGACUUACGGGUAUGAACUCAAUUGAAAAAACAGAAUCAUUUUUCGUGAAAGGAAAUGGACAAUUUAAAUAUCUGAAUCAGUGGUAG